AGAGAUGGUGAGAGAAUGGAGGGAUGAAAGUGGGAAUUGGGUUGCCGGAGCCGUCGCCGGCGGCGGUUUUGAAGGUUAUGCAAUGUUGUGGGUAGCCAUAGUGGCAUUUUGUGUAAUUUCAGCAGUAAUAUUUUCAUGUACAGGUGGUCUUACAAGAGACAAGACUAGUGCUGAAUCAGGGGCUUAUGGAGGUGGUUGCGCCGCCGGCUGCGGCGGCGUUUGCGGUGGAGGCUGUGGUGCAUGAUUUAUGAUUUAUUUUUUUUGGUUGAAUUGAGAAUAUGAUUGUUUAUUUCUACUAGAAAUUUCUUCAUAUUCAUAUAACAGGAACAAAUCUAAUUAAAUAAAAAAAAAAUUACUCAACAAUUGUUCUUUUGUGUUA